AUGAUAGGUGUGGUUCCUAUCAAUGUCAGUCAUGCAUCAAGUGAGAGCUGUAAAAGUGUCUACCCUAUAGCAAUUGCAAAUUGUGAGGAAAACAGGUGAUAAUAAUAAUAUUUAGGUCUUCAAUGGCUAAAAUAUCACUUUAAGAAAUGCAUUUAGCAGACUGCUAAAUGCACUAUUAUGAUUUCAUAAUUCAAUGCCCAUCAUUAAGUUAGGAGUUCAAUUAAAUGAGUUUAAACUGUUUUUUUUUUCUGUAGGAUCAAUGUUGAAGCCCUAAUAAAGGAAAUCAAUGCCCAAAAAAAUGCCAUCAAGAAAAAUGGAAUAACUAUUGAUGGAAGACACUUUAAAGUCAAAUUUACAGGUGAUUAAAUAUACUCUCCUAGGCCACUGUAGGGCCAAGGAAAAAUACCCAGCUUAUUGCUGGAGUUCCUUUAUAUAUUGAAGUUAUAUUUAUUUUCAGAAUUACAUGUAUUUCUUUCUUCUGUUUGCUAUUAAAACAUUUAACUUAUAAUAACGAUAUUGUAGAAUACCUCCAUCUGCUGAAUUUGUAAGUGCCUAAUGUUUCACGUGAGCACUGGACUCCAGAUCAAGCAGUCCGGGUUGAAACCCUAGCCGAGGCCAUUGUGUUGUGUUCCUGGGCAAGACAUUCAACUUUCAUAGUGCUUCUCUCCACCCACAAAUAAUAUAAAUGUAUAUGAAUGUGUAUCAAUUGGCAAAUUUAAUGCUGGGCAGGGAUAACCCUUUUAUUGACUAGCAUCCCAUCCAGGGUGAAAUAGAAAUACUCCCAGUCCCUUAGUGCUACUGAAAUCUGGAUAAGCUUCGACGCUGGUGGGUGACUUCUGAGCCCAAACCCAGACCUUACCUUACUUAAUAAGGGAGACAUAGUGAUCUGCAUUGUAAUUAUCAGUGGUGAGUGUGCUGAACUUGAGAUCUAGUGAUCUGGGUUUCAAGUCCUGGCCAGAGUAAUUGUGUUGUAUUCAUAGGCAAUACUCACAGUGUCUGAGCUCAGGGGAUUGAAAAAGAACCAGUGAACUUAAUCCUGUCAUGUAUAACCCUUUGAUGGCUAGCGCCCCAUCCGGGUGUGCAUAGAAAUACUCUUGUCACUUUAUGCUCCUGAAUCCAAGGUAAGGCUACAAAGCCUGAUGGGCCACUAUAGGCUUGAAUGGCCCUUUACCUACUGCUAAAUUACUGACUCCAUCACCUUAAAAAAAACAAGACUUAAGAAUCAAUUUCCUCAUUCUCUUCUUGGAUGUGUUCCUAAAGAUUGUAACCAUCUGCAUUUCUACGUCAGGCUGUAGAAAUGCUGAUGACAGUAAAUGCAGACUGAUGAAUUAAAAUAAAAGGCAUUUUGGGAUGUGAUCCCAGAAGAAGCCUGUUAAUGGACAUUAAAAUCAUAUUUGUCGGGAUGUGACAUUCGAGAAAAUUUAAUUAUUCAUCUUGUUUUUUUAUGACAGUUACGCUUGAUUACAAGGCAUUGAUAAUGCUUAUCAAACGAAAGUGUGAAGAUAAUGAGUCAGAUGAAGAAAUGGAAGGUCUAUGUCAGAGAGGGUUGGACACAGAGUGCUGUGUGUUCUGUAAAGUUAUACGGGUAAGUUAUCACAGAAGUAGCCAUUAAAUGUAGUUCCUAUGUCACUGGAUGUGCACAAGUCAUUUUAUAAUAGUGUUUUCACUGUAAGUUUUGGUAUAUGGGUAAUUAAAAUUCAUACUCAACUUCAACUUCUUCACAGUUUUUAAUUGGAUCAAGCUUGUUAAGGAUACUAUUAUAGACAAAGGAUUCAAUUUCAAUCCGAUCAAUUAUCAAUUACUUUGAUUGUGUGCCUAUUUAUGGAUGUAGUUACAAUGUUUUUUCUGUUUUCCUAUUGGUUUGUAAUCAGAUCCUUUAGUGUUACCUCACAUUUUCCAUAAGAUUUUGACUUAUUGUCCAUUGUUUGCCUUGUUUGUUGUCUUGAUUCAUAAUCUUUGGCACGAGUGGGAUCAAUAUUUUAUGAUCGUUUAUAAAUCGUUGUUAACCGUAAUCCUUGGUUUCAUUGUUUUGUGGUUCCUUGAUGACGACCUGUAAAAUAGUCCUGUUACUUAGCAAACACACCUUAGCGAUACCCCUUGAAUUUUUGUCUUGUCUUGUUGCAAGCUGUCACUAUCUGGUAAACAAUAAAAUAUUGUUCUCAAUUUUAUUGCAGGGAUGUGCAUGUCCAGGGGUUGAAUGUGGUGAAUCCUGUGCAGAAUGCUUUAUCAAGAGCAAGGCAAAUGUUGGAGGGUCAGUAAGCCCAUUUAAUUUUUUAAUGCAAUCAUUUUACAAGGGCAGCUGUAUGUUAUUUAUGUGUUUUUGGUUAUGUGAUUAAUUUUUUUGUACACACCUCAGACUUUAGACAUGCAUCUAAUUAAAUUUUGAUUACAAAACUAUUUUCAGUAAACAAGUAUUUUAUUAAUCCCUGUUUAGCCUUCUCCAUUAUACCUUACAUUAAUUUUCUAUGGUUGUAGAUAUAAGCGUUAUUGUCCUCAGAGAAACUGCAGACAACUUCCCAGGAAUUGGCUUGAUUGUAAUUGUGCAUAAUUACAAUCUGGCAUAAUUGUAAUUACAUUGUAUGCACAGGAGAAACUGAUAAAUACCUAAGCUUGAUAAUGUUUAGGUAUAAAAUAAAAGGUCAACUUUCAGUAAUUUUUGAUAUUACUCCUCCUUUGCUAAUAUUUUAGAUGGAAGGGUGUUAGGGAUGACUUGCUGUUUCUCCUUGAAGAAGAGUUGUGUGAUGUAAACCUAUGCACUCUUCAUUGCGAGCUGCGGAAUACAGCAGUUGCUAUGUUCACUGGGAAUGUUUGCGUAUGAGUGUGGGAGCCUUAAAAAUUGCAAUGCUGUUUUAGCCGAGUAUGGACCAGACAGUAUGAAGGGAAGGGAUAGAAUCGUAGUAAAGACAAAGCCUGGCCAGGAAAGUGGUAUUGAGCGGCACAACAUUCAAGUGUUGUCAUUCUCAGGUAUACAGUCAUACAUCAGAUUGAUGCAAACAGCUAUUGUGACGGUCACUUUUUCUACAAAAGACUCCAACAGAGUAAAUAAGCGUACUUCAUUGACCAUAAAAUUCAAGAAUGCUUUUUUUCCUCUCACUCUUUUCCCUUAGCCAAGUGCUAAUACCAAGCCAAUGUAGCUAAACAAGUCAUGCAACAUAAAUACAACAACCAACACACAACUAGGAAAGUAAAUUAUGUUGUAUUUAAUGCCAUAUCUUUAAUACUAUAAUUAAUGUAUUGUUUUCUUCAAGCUUUUAGAACAAAAAGACUAUGCCUUACUUAGUGUGGUUGUCACAGCUAAUAACAAUAACUUUGUCUUCAAUUAAUAACAAUCAUACAGAAAAAUGAAAAGCUAUAGUAACCAUAAACUAUUGUUAACUGAACAACUUUUAAUCCCCACCCCCGGCCUAAGGUGAUUUAACAACUUUUGCAGUAUUUACUAAAGCGUGAUCUUUGUAUCGUUUUUAGGUUCAACAGAACGCAGGUUUCUCGAGAACAUUGAAGAAAUUGUUACCCAGUCACUGCCAUUAGAAAACCUGAGAAGGUUUUGUAAAGACAAAGAUGUUGCUGAAACAUACUUAUUAAAUCAGAUUACAUUCUGUGAGGAAAUGAUCCAGGUAAACUUCCAAGGAGUUAGGAAAAAGAGGAACACUGACUUAGUGUGAUAAGGAAAGUAAACAAUAUUGUUGCACAUGAAAAGUAACUAAGGAAUUUUACCAAAGAACAAUGCACGAGUAACAAAAAUGCUGGUUCACUUUUCAUUUUUUCAGCAGAUCUACCUCUUCAUUAUCUAGAUUGAAAUCAUUGCGUUGCAUAAAUUUUUAAGCCUAAGCUUCAGUUACGAGAUCUUCCUUUUUCAGCAUAAAUCUUUGAUUUCUUCAGAAUACCAGUAGAGACCCUCAAAUGUUAUAUGUCCUCUCUGGUUCACCCAGGUUGAAGUCCUGGCAUAGUUGUAUGCCUGAGUGCUUCUGGGAUAUAUAACAUAUUUAGUAUUUUGGUUCGCACAUGGUUUCAAAGUUCUAGCAAGUGUUAUAUAUCCUCUUUGGUUCACCUAGGUCGAAGUCCUGGCAUAGUUGUAUGCCUGAGUGCUUCUGGGAUAUAUAACAUAAUAAGUAUUUUGGUUCGCACAAGAUAUUGAAGUUCUAGCAAGUGUUAUAUAUCCUCUUUGGUUCACCCAGGUCGAAGUCCUGGCAUAGUUGUAUGCCUGGGUGCUUCUGGGAUAUAUAACAUAAUAAGUAUUUUGGUUCGCACAAGAUAUUGAAGUUCUAGCAAGGGUUAUAUAUCCUCUUUGGUUCACCCAAGUUGAAGUCCUGGCAUAGUUGUAUGCCUGAGUGCUUCAGGGAUAUAUAGUAUAAUAAGUAUUUUGGUUCGCACAUGGUAUCGAAGUUCUAGUAAGUUUGGCCAAAACGUUUGAGACACUGCCGCGAAAAGAGAAAUUUCUCCAAUUCACUAAUUAUCAGUAAUUCUUACCAUUAAACUUUUGUAUCUUUUAAUAAGUUGAAAAUGUUCGGCUACUUCCAUGUUAAGCAGCAAGACUCUCAGCAAAAACCCUAUUCCAAAAUUUUCCCUUUCAGUGAAUCGCAACGGAACAUAGUAGCUUCAAAUUUAUGACGUAACCUUAUAACAUACUAUUUACACUGGAAAAAUCAAAUGUACAGCUGUAAAGCUAAAGAUGACAUGAGAAUGUCGUGCAAAUUUAAAAAUGUUACUUUUUUAACUUUUUGUUACUCUGUUGUUUUACCACUGUCAGAGUACUUUUCAAUCACCAAAUGUUGUCAAGUAAGUUGUAUAACUAAGUUUUGAUUUGUUUAGCGGCCAGUGGAUGGUUUUCUUUACAAAAAUUGUCUUCCUUACGAUAAAAUAAAUAUAGCAAGAUUGGUAUCCGCCGCUUUCGCCCCCUAUCGAGUUCGCCCCUUCAGUGAGUGAUAUCCAGAUGAGUUGAUUCGUAAGUUGAUGAGUAAGCUAAACGGGUACAAGUCUAACAACUUAAGCAAUGCUGUUGCGAUGAAAGCGUGGUUUGCAUCUUCUUAAGUCUGGUUGUUACGAUCAACACAUUUCGUGUUCGUUAGAUAAACCGUGUGGUUCUCUUUAUCACAAGUUCAGUGUAUACAGUUAUUUCUGGUAACCCCAGAUCCCACGCAGAGUAUUUAGUUGAUUCCGUCAACCCAGUUCCCAAGCAGGUUCCAUGCAAUUGCCGAAAUUCAAAAUGAUCGUCGCUGACGUGACAUUUGGCACAUUCUGCUAGUACCCUCGUCAUAAAUCAACUCAUCUGGAUAUCACUCAAUCAAGGGGCGAACUCGACUUGAUGGGGUCGAACUCGAAAAGUGUGGGGGCGAACACGGCAUAAGGUAGGGGCGAACGCGGUGCAAUUCGCAAGAUUCGCUGUUACCACGUGGUAGUUCUUAUUAAAACAGUUUCUCCACUCGCGUGUGUUGGGUAAGACAUGGUUAUAGCCAACUUCAAUCCUCUGGUUGGCUAUCUACCAGCUCAUAUCCAAUGCGUACUCGUGGAAUAAUUGUUAAGUAUUUCUGUUAGAUUAUGGAAUGGGAGAACCUGGAAAAUGAUGUUAUUCCCUCACGAUGCUACCUUUCAUUACUAUUAUCAGAAUACCCUUUCCAUCAUAGCGGCUAUUCGGCUAUUUUUUUAACGUAAUAAUACCCUCUUUGAAUGAACAAACAAAUAAUUGUUCAAUAAGUUCCAAAUUUAUUCAUCAUCCAAUUUUUCUUUUUUUUUUCGGGGGGGGGAUCAUUUCAAAUAAUAUGGAAAUGUAAUACAGAAACGUGGUGACGAAAACCAAAAGCAAAAGGGGGCGAGAACCAAUGAUUUAAAAAAAAAAAAAAAACCGUAGCGUACUUAUUCAACUUAUGUAGUUCGGUCGAUUAACACACUCGCAGGCAUUCCUACUGAUAGAUAACGUUACCAAGUGUUUUCACUUCGCGUGUGAAAGCUUGCCUCAGUGAGAAUUUUAGCAUCAUAUAGUGGGUGGGGGAGACUAGUUGUCAUGGUAAUAGGGUAAGGAAGAGAAGAAGUUUUAUCUUUUGGAGAGCACUAAGAGGAUAUUUAUUGUUCUGAUCAACUAUUGUUUCUAAGUCGUUCAAUAUUAAUCGGGAAAUAUGCGUCUCUCGAACUACACAAAACCGUACGUUUCAUUUUAGAAGGGAGCGUAGAUUAUUGAAGUAAGACAUCGAUCGCUGACCUGGCAUUUACAAUUAGGCUGUCAAAUUGAGGCGUUAAUUUAUUCUCAUUUCUUAAAUUUCAUCUCUUUUUUAAAGGAACCAGACGAAGUGUAAGCGCAAAGAGAGGUAAGCAGGACUGAUAAAUGAGAAAUUCUGUUAAAACCCAAACAAAUCAAGGUCUAACUUCCUAGAUAUACAAUCCUAUUUUUCUCAUUAGAAAUGCAAUCCUAUUUGUCUCAUUAUUUCAGGUAAUGAAAUUUGACUCUUAAUUUUGUUUUCGGACGAGAUUACCGCUUAAAGUAAUGUUUUUGAUGUAACACCAAGAGAAUUGAUCCAGCGAGCCUUGUAGCAUGCGAAAACAACAAAUGCUCCUAAAUUAAAUCGAUAGAAUAUCAUGAUAUAGAGAGCGGGGGAAAAUAAUGAUGAAUAAAGUCUUUAAUCUUAUUACGUCAUUCUAGAGACGAAAAGAAACGAUGGAGAAAUUGGUGAUGAAAUAUUUAUGGGGCCGCUACUUUGAAAAAUGAGAGGAAGACAACUUAAGUGCAGAUGACACAACGGAUGACAAAAGGGGGAAAGCGGGAAAAGAAGAGAGCUCCCAAUUCAUUGAGGAAAACAUUAAGUUACUUAAACGAUUGGUUGAUCGUCAUACGAUGGAGCUUGCCAAACUUAAUAUGGUGAUGGACACAUUAGUGAAGAGAUAAUGGCACUGACUGUUGCUUUACUGAACAUUUUGUCACAUCUUUCCAAUUGUUUCUUCUCAUGUACUGUCAACCAGAAUCUAUGGAGCAAGGAUUAGAGGCCUUCCCUCUUUCACGUUUAUCUUAAAUUCACGAUUACAGAGAAGGGAACAGAAUAUAAAUGAAGAUAGAGUAGAACAAAUAACUCAGACUUCAUAAACUACACCUGUAUAAUAACAAUUAUUCUUUCAAGAUAACUAUUUACUGAGAUUUUCCGGGACUGGUUUCCCAAGAGUUAAUGAGUUAUAUUUCCUUACGCGUUUGUGUGGCUAUUUACUACCCCUCUGCCAAUUUAAAAAAUCAUUAUUGAUUUGCUAGAUUAACAUCACCACCAAAUUGUGCUCGGAACGAACCGUCUGUUAGUUCUCACUUUCAAAGAUUGUAGUAGAGACAACGUAUUCGAGAGUCUAGUGAUUUCACCCCAUGUUCAGGAACACUUUGGGUGUAAUUUAAUACACAACUGAGCG